UUUAACUAAUUUAACUAAUUAAUUUGAUUAAUUAAUUAAUUUAAUUUGAUUAAUAAAAAUAAUGUUGAUUAAUAAAAAUAAUGUUGAGUAAUAAUUUAUUGAAUAAUUCCGGAGAUGUGGAGGAUUUUCUGUAUGAAUUUGAGGACGAGUGUAAAAUUGAGUUUAUUGACCCUCAGUACCUGUCACAAGUGACGUUGGACAACGAAAACUCAGCCCUAGAAUACUUUUACCUAAGUCCCUUUUACCUUAAACAUCGCAAUAAAGCCUUAAAUGAACUCAUAAGAUCAGGACUUCCCGUUGACGAUUAUCAGGUGGGCUUGAUAUUCAAGGUGACGUAUAAUAAUUUGCCUGAUUUAUACGAGGAGUCACUCAAGUUUGGCGCUAACUCAGCCAAUAAAUCACAGUUUUACAUCAUGUCAUCCGUUUUCCAUAUCACACUCUACUCCAGAGAUCUCGGACACAACUCCAUCGAAAACACACCCAUCAACGUGUAUUAUAUAAUACAAGGCUCAAUAUUUAUGUGUCCGCCGUUUGGCACCUUAAUACGCACCAAACUACAUCAGUACAUCGCUCAGUUCGAGCGUUUUUAUGACAGGAUAAAUGGGAUAAUGAAGUGGUCUGUGACGAACGGGUAUGACUGGAAUCCGAAGCCGAGGGUUGUGAAUCCUGAAAUUGAACAUUUGUCAGAGCAAUACAACUUCACCACCAAACACAGAAAAGACCACACCACCGACGGAAAUGUUAACCUAUUCUACCCCAAACCAGAGGAUAAAAUUGCACUCAGAAUCCUACAAGAUCAAUAUAACAACCUAUCACAAUAAUAUACUAUACCAU